AAAGGGAUUUUUUUUUUAGCCAAUUGAAACGAAAUUUUCUUUUUUUGUACAAAAUUAGGAUAUAUUUUUUUGUUUGUUUGAUAAUUAUAUCAAUAAAAACAUCAAUAAAGUGCAUUAAAAUUAUUAACUAACCCGGCAACUAUGGAUAAUUUAGAUUUGUAUGAAAUACUUGGUGUAACAAAAUACUCGACAGAUGCAGAAAUAAAAAAGAAUUAUCGUAAAUUGGCUAAAGAAUUUCAUCCCGAUAAAAAUCCCGAUGCUGGUGAUAAAUUCAAAGAGAUAUCCUUUGCCUAUGAAGUUCUCUCCGAUCCGGAAAAACGUAAAAUAUAUGAUCGUUUUGGUAUAAAAGGUCUACAAGAGGGCGCCGAUGGUUUUAGUGAUGCCGGUGAAUUCUUUUCCCAUUGGUUUCCCUUCAAUAUGGGCCAGCAGCGGGAGAGUCGUGGUGAAGCUGCCCAAAUUGUUAUUAAAUUAGAAGUAACAUUGGAGGAAAUGUACAAUGGCAAUGUAUCCAAGACAGUGGAAUAUAAACGGACUUCCUACUGUCAACAGUGUAAUGGUGAGGGAGGACCCAAAGAGGCACAAGAAAAGUGUACCGCCUGCAAUGGUAUGGGUCGCACCACGGGUUAUGUAUUCAUGGGUCUAACACCAGUGGAAACGAUAUGCUUGACUUGCCAAGGAAGUGGUAAUAUUAUUCCUGAGAACCUGCGCUGUACCACGUGUCAUGGCAAAGGUCUAGUCGAAGAGAAUGUUAAACGCGAUGUUGUGGUAGAGAAAGGAGCACCAAAUACAUUAAAAAUUCCCUUUCCCUCUGAGGGAAAUCAAGGUCUUCAUGGCAAUCGUGGCGAUUUAAUAGUAGUUCUCGUACAAGCCGAACAUCCCUUGUUUAAACGUCGUAACAAUGAUCUCAUUAUGCGUAAUAUACACAUCAAUCUAACGCAGGCAUUAUGUGGUGUGGUUCAUUGUUUUAAGCACUUAGACGGCAGAAAUAUUUGCUUUUCCACUAAACCGGGCAAAGUGGUAAGGCACGGUGAAAUUCAAGUGAUACCAGGCGAGGGUAUGCCAUUGCGUAAUAAUCCCUUUGAUCGUGGUGACCUCUUAGUGCCAUUUGUGGUAGAAUUUCCCGAAAGUGGUUUUGCUACGCCCGAACAACUGCAAAUGUUGGAAACUUUGUUGCCACCAAGAGAACCUUUUACUAUGCCAGCCGAGGCCGAGGAAGUGCAAUUAAGUGAGUUUCAGCCCAGAGAUGAAAAUGAUCGUCGGGGAGCUCAGGGUGGUAUGGAUGAUGACGAUGAUGAAUAUGCAGGUGGUCCACAUUUCGAAAGGGUUCAAUGUCAAACUGGUUAAAGCUGUUCCAUCAAAAUAUGAAAAUUAUAUUUUUCGUUUUUUUUUUUCCUGUUUUAUAAUAAUGACAUAAAAGAGAUUUGAAGAUGAGAAAAGAAAAAUCAUUAAAAUGCUUCUAGAGCUUAAAGCUUUAUAUGAUUUUUUUGUUUAUUCAAACUGGCUUUAUUUUUAGUUUUCACCUUCUUUUUAUAAACUUUUGUUUUUAUUGUUGCCACAACAAAUAUAUAAUAUUUAAAACAAAAAAUUAAACUAUCUAACAACACUCUCGUAGUCUCUAGUAUUUAUAUCAUUUGGGGAUAUUUACUUAUCUUGUAACAUUGUUGUUCGAUGGUUCUUAACACAUUUUCGUUAUAUAUUAAUAAAACUUAAAAAUAAACUUUA